UAUAAAGGCGGCGCGGAGGUGCCGGGGCUCCAAGCCGCUGUAAGGGCGGCGCGGCGGCCGGGCCGGGCGCGCCAUGGCCAACCCGUCGCAGUGCCUGGAGGAGGGCGCCGGGCGCUGGCCGCCGCGGCCGCCCGGGCCGUACAGCGAGGCGCAGCGGCUGGCGCUGGAGGAGCUGGUGGCGGGCGGCCCCGAGGCGCUGCGGGCCUUCCUGCGGCGGGAGCAGCUGCCGCCGUUCCUCUCGGAGCCCGAGGUGCAGGCCAUCGCGCGGGGCGCCCUGCCGCCCGCCGCCGCCCCGGAGCCGCCGGCCGAGGCCUCGCUCGGCGCCUCCCUCGACGCCUCCUCGCUCACCUACUUCCCCGAGCGCUCGGACCUGGAGCCGCCGGCGCUGGAGCUGGGCUGGCCGGGCUUCGCCAGCGGCGCCUUCCGCGGGCUGACGCGGGUGGAGGCGCAUUUCCAGCCCGGCUGCGGGGAGAGCAUCUACGGCUGCAAGGAGGCGGUGCGGCGGCAGAUCCGCUCCGCCCGGCAGGUGAUUGCCCUUGUGAUGGAUUCCUUCACAGAUAUUGACAUCUUCGGUGACCUUCAGGAUGCCUACAACAACCGCAAAGUCCCUGUCUAUAUCCUUCUUGACCAGGACUUUCUGCCCCAUUUCUUGGAAAUGUGCAAGAAUUUGGGAGUUUGUCCUGAGCAGGAAAGUCUGAUGAGAGUUCGGACUCUCACAGGGAACACAUACUACAUGAGGUCAGGUGCCAAAAUUGUUGGGAAAGUCCAUGAGAAGUUCAUGUUAAUUGAUGGCAUUAGAGUGACAACAGGCUCCUACAGUUUCACGUGGUCUGACGGGAAGCUGAACAGCAGUAACUUGCUGCUACUGUCAGGUCAAGUGGUUGAACACUUUGACCUCCAGUUCAGGAUUCUCUAUGCCCAGUCGAUGCCCAUCAGCCCUAAAUGGCCGUCCAGCUGCGGGAACAGUGGGAUAUUUGAUCACCUGACGAACAGAACAGAGUCCCCUAAAGAAUACACUGUGGAAGGCAACUUGAGAGCAGAAUUUGCCAGAUUGUCUAGUACUCCAAAGAAACUGUUGAAAGAACUGGAUCUGGCUGAAGAUACUCCUGGAGGCAAACCUUGUAACCUGGAGCAUUCUUGCCUCUGCGAAGAGUGGCGGCUCAGUGAUCAAGCGGCCCUAGUGGGACGGAAAAGUGCAUCGACUCAAACUGGCCCGUGGGAAGAGAAGCCUGCAGUGACCGCAUGUAACGCUGCCACGCAGACCAGAGCUGUAACGGCAGAAACCAGCACUCAGACUUCUGUCACUGCUAGAGUGACGGGCACUCAGACUUCAGUUUUGCUGAAGACUGCAGUGACACAGACAAAGGAAGAGGAGUACACAGGAACACCCCUGCUUCUCAGAAAGUUGUCAAGAGAAGGAUCUUCUCUGUCUGGAAAGGCUGUAUCAAGUUCUAGUUUGCGAUCACUGUCUUCAUCAUCAUCCCAGUGCUCUCUUGCAAGCUCUACUGGCUCACUCUCUUCUCUCCGGUCUUUUGAAUAUUCUAGCAGCCACAGGGCAGAAUAUUUCCAAAAAUUGCAUAAAGAGAGGCAAUUCCACUACUCCACUAUCAGGUCGAAGCUUAGCCACAUGGUGGGUAUCCUGUCCCGGAGGGGGCGUGCGCCUGAAAACUACAUGCCCCACUACACUGGAAGAUGCAACCUAAAACAGAGGCGUGACAUCAGUGCCAGCCUGCGCAGCCUCCGGGACGUUUCACUCUUUUCUCUGAAUAAAUGAUUGCUGCACUGAGUGCAGAACACAAGCUCCAGUCUCAAAUUGUAGUCACUUUGUACCUGCUGAUUCUUCCACUUCCUUCCAGCACUUCUUAAUUUUUAAUACAUGUGUACAUCAAUCUCCAGCACUUUGUUUUAUACUAUGCAAUUCAAGCAAUAAAAAAAGGGGUUUAUUUACACUGUAACUACUUGCAUGUUCCUCUUGUGCAUUAGUGGUGAAGGUUCAUUUUAAUUUUGUAGGUUUAACCUGAAAAGUAAGCUUGUUACUGAUUUCAGGGGUUGCUAAUUCUCUGUCUUUAUGUAAACUUGUAAAAAUCUGAGUCAGACUGAUCUUGCUCAGCGUGGCUUUGGAGAUUUAGCUUACAUCAAGGUAUAUUCUUUUUUUUUUUUAAAUAUAUAUAUUAGCUUUUAUUUCUACUUUAUCUUUGGCAUGAGGGAAAACAACUUUUAUAAAGAGCCAUAAAGCUAAUUUUAUUCAAAGUCCGACUUCAGUGAUAUAUACAUUACCUUUCACUAAAGCUGUAAAGGGUCUAUUGAAGCAGUUGCAGCUUAUCUUCAACUGUAUGCUUUUUCCACUGUUUAAGCCUUUUAAAAUGGACUGAGCUAACUAGCUCUUCAGUUUGAUCAUCCUCUCGUGCCUUUGUGUAGAUAGAUAUAUAUAGACAUAUAUAUAAAUGUGUGUAUUUAUAUACAUCCUCAGAAAGAGCAUCUUUUUAAAACCAAGACCAGAAAGUAGCAACUUAACAUUCCAAGAUAGCUGUACCCUUUUUAGGUACAGCCCUGAUGUAAAUGUUUCUAGUAUUUGGAAGUGAAAGCUGAGUAUGUUGGAUCUGCAGGGCCAUUCAUGGGAAUGUAUUGCUGAAGUGUUGGCUUUUUGCACUUGUGAGUGGGCGCCGAGGUGAUACGUGGGGUGGGGUUCAGUGUCAUGCUGCAGCACACCUAUUGUACUACUUUUGGGAUGACUUCAAAGAACUUUGGCUCUUGUACAAUGUGUUACACAGAAUUAAGACUUUUAGUCUUAGCACUGUGAAAUGAACUUCCAAUUCUGGCUGGGUCUAGGAAUGUCUGAAUCAUCUUGCUUCCCUUAAGAGAUCUGUAAACAGGUUCCUCCUUUAAAGUGAACUUAGAGGCAAGACAGUCACUGAGGACACAUGACAAACCCCUGUUUGAAAGUAAGCUGACAAAUACAGGAGGAAAUGUUAUCUGUUAUGUUUGCUAAUAUUACAGUACCAGUAUAAGAGUGGAAAAAAACCCACAUUUUUCUCUUUAGACUGUCCUAUCUGAAAUAGUCUGGUUCCUGCUCUAUUUAUCCUUUAUCCACUACUAACUUGGUUUGAGAAGCUGAAGUGCCACUCUAGUUUUUGAAAAUACUGUACUUUCAAUAUUAAAUGGAUCUUCAUUAA